AUGAAGUCCUCUUUACAUUCAGAAGAGGAUGACUUUGUUCCGGAUCUUCAAAGGAGCAUCCAUCCACGUGAACGACCCGAUUGGGAAGAAACACUUAGUGCAAUGGCGAGAGGAGCAGAUAUCCCUGAUAUUGCAGGAGAGCUACCCUUGCGGACUUGUGGGAGCACAGCGAGCAUGAAAGUGAAAAAUGUGAAGAAAUCCACCAACCCAGGAUUGAUGGGCUGUGAUUCCUUCCACAGGCUGUCCUUCACCAAGGGCCACUUUCCAAAGAUGGCCGAAUGUGCACAUUUCCAUUAUGAAAACGUUGACUUUGGCAAUAUACAGCUUUCACUACCAGAGGAGCAAAAUGAAGUCACCAGGAAUGGCUGUGAAUCUAAGGAGCUUGUCUACCUUGUACAAAUUUCUUGCCAGGGCAAGAGCUGGAUCGUGAAGCGAAGUUACGAAGAUUUCAGAGUGCUCGAUAAACAUCUUCACCUAUGCAUUUAUGACCGGCGGUUCUCUCAGCUCUCUGAGCUACCCCGUUCAGAUGCCUUGAAGGACAGUCCAGAGCUUGUCACCCAGAUGCUGAUGGCUUACCUAUCGCGUCUCUCAGCCAUUGCCGGAAACAAGAUAAAUUGUGGACCUGCCCUUACGUGGAUGGAGAUUGAUAACAAGGGGAAUCAUCUUUUAGUCCAUGAAGAAUCGUCCAUUAAUGUUCCUGCUAUUGCAGCUGCCCAUGUUAUUAAAAGAUAUAUUGCCCAAGCAGCAGAUGAACUGUCUUUUGAGGUGGGAGAUAUUGUGUCGGUUAUCGAUAUGCCUCCAAAAGAAUUGACCACUUGGUGGAGGGGAAAGCACGGAUUUCAGGUGGGAUUUUUUCCUAGCGAAUGUGUUGAACUAAUCAAUGACAAAGUUCCGCAGUCGGUGACCAACUCUGUGCCAAAACCAGUCUCCCCUGCCCAUGGAGCCCGUCCAGCAUCCUGGAGUUACUUCCCCCCCUAUUUGGAGAUGGAUAGUAUAAAACCGGGUUCAGCAUGUGUUUCAGAAUCUCUGAACCGGUCUCAACCAAGCUCAGUGUCAAAAAAGCACGGCAAGCUUAUUACUUUCCUACGCACAUUCAUGAAGUCUCGGCCAACCAAACAGAAAUUGAAGCAACGUGGGAUCUUAAAGGAGAGAGUAUUUGGCUGUGACCUUGGUGAACAUCUUCUCAAUUCUGGCCAUGAUGUCCCCCAGGUCCUCAAGAGUUGCACUGAAUUCAUUGAAAAGCAUGGCAUCGUUGAUGGAAUAUAUCGCCUAUCUGGGAUUGCAUCUAAUAUCCAGAAGCUGCGGCAUGAAUUUGACUCGGAACAAAUCCCUGACUUGACAAAAGAUGUAUAUAUUCAGGAUAUACACUGUGUGGGUUCCCUGUGUAAACUGUACUUCCGGGAGCUUCCAAAUCCUCUGCUCACCUAUCAGCUCUAUGAAAAAUUCUCAGAUGCUGUAUCUGCUGCUACAGAUGAAGAACGAUUAGUUAAAAUCCAUGAUGUCAUCCAGCAGUUACCUCCACCUCACUACAGGACACUUGAGUUCCUAAUGAGGCACUUGGCUCAUCUCGCUGAUUACUGUGCCAUCACAAACAUGCACACCAAGAAUUUAGCAAUUGUCUGGGCACCAAACCUGCUAAGAUCAAAGCAAAUAGAAUCCGCUUGCUUCAGUGGAACAGCCGCUUUUAUGGAAGUGCGAAUCCAGUCGGUAGUUGUGGAAUUCAUUCUCAAUCACGUGGAUGUCCUUUUCAGCUCCAAACUAAGCUCCGUCAUUCGAGAGAGUGCAGGUCACAGUUCAUUAUCACGACCUAAAUCCCUGCUGGUAUCUUCUCCCUCCACAAAACUGCUCACUUUAGAAGAAGCACAAGCAAGGACACAGGCCCAGAUAAACUCUCCUAUUGUGGCAGACAGCAAAUACAUUGAAGUGGGUGAAGGACCAGCUGCUCUACAAGGAAAAUUCCAUACCAUCAUAGACUUUCCAACUGAAAGAAAGAGACCGCCCAGUAAAGUGAAGAAAUCCCCAGUUGGCAGCUGGCGCUCUUUCUUCAACCUGGGGAAAUCAUCCUCAAUCUCCAAACGGAAGUUGCAACGCAAUCCAAGUGAGCCUUCCGAAAUGAAAGCAAUAGCCUUGGCCGGAGGGCGAGGAGACAGUGGGACCCUGCGCUCGGCUAAGAGCGAAGAAUCACUCUCGUCUUUACAUGCCAUUGAUGGCGAUUCCAAGCUGUUUAGACCCCGGAGGCCAAGGUCGAGCAGCGAUGCACUGUCUGCUUCUUUUAAUGGAGAACUCCUAGGGAACAUGAACCGAUGCAAUUCCUAUGACAACCUGCCCCACGACCACGAGAGUGACGGAGACGAGGGGCAUCUCCAUGUUCCUGCUCUGAUCUCUCCGAAAUCAUCAGAAGAUGUUGACUUGAGCCCACCUGAAAUUGGGGUGGCCAGCCUGGAUUUUGAUCCCAUGUCUUUUCAGUGCAGUCCCCCAAAAGCCGAGUCAGAGUGUCUUGACAGUAGCAAUUCCCUGCUGGAGUCGGUAGACUUUAAUUUAAAGGACAAGCCAAGCGUCUUCAAGAAGGAGCUAGAUUCAGGCAGCCAGUGUCAGACCCCUGGAAGUGCCACCAGCUCGGAACCCGUCUCCCCCUAUCAAGAGAAGACCAUGAGUCCCUUCUUCACUCUAGACUUGAGCCCCACGGAAGAGAAGCCAUCCAAGCCCCAGUCUUUCUCUGAGAAGAUUGCUCACGCCUUCUCCCCCAAGAUGGGGCGAAAGCCACUGAAAUCACCACCGAACAUAUCAGAGCCAGCCUCCUUCACUAUAACCAGCCGAAUGCCGGACGUCGUAAUCGGAGGGGGAUCAGGGAGCUUGGCCCCUUCAGACUGGGCCAAAGGAAAUUUUGGCACCAGUGAAUCCAUGUCCGUGUCCCCACCGCCACUGGUGACAUCACCCCUGAAAGCCAAUGAGGGGAGAUCCAGUGAAGGACACCAGAAUCCAGAAGAUGCUAAGAAACCAGAUCUUCACGAAGAGACGGACCCACCCAUGCCCAGCAGCAGCCAGAGUAAGCCUGUACUUGCUGGACAGAUACAGCCAGGAGCAGGAAGUCUCGACUCCCCCCAGGAUGCCGCUCCCGUCAAUUCUGUCUCUGUUGUCCCUCCUCCUCCUCCGAAAAACGCAGCUCGCAUACUAGCCUUAGCUUUGGCAGAGUCUGCCCAGCAAGCCUCCGCUCACACCCAGAAGAAACCAGAGGUUCAGUCUGAGUGUACCGGCUCGGCAGAGGCCGAGACGGGAGGAACUGCAGAAAAGUUCCAUCCGUAUUCUAGUGUUCCUUCAGAAAAGCUCUAUGCUCACCUGCCAGAGGAUCAGCUGGGGUUUCAGGGCACUAUGCCUGGGGAUCACCACCACCGGAGUGGAUUACCUGUGGAUCAGGGCCUCCAAAACAGUGCCAUGCUUGAAGGUAGCAACCACCUCCAGGUUGGUGGUCCUGGAAACCGGAAUCCUACCCUUCUCUCUGCUGACAUGCCAGGAAGCCUUCAGAGCAUGGGCUGGGACCACCCCCACUUCCAUCCAUAUAUGUUGGGAGAUACACACCAUCUUGCUCAUUCUGUUACACCUGAGGAUCAGAGCCACCCUCCCUCUGGUGUGAGAGGAUCCGUCCAGCCAGAACCAUCCAUGACAGAGAUGUCUGUGGAAGCCCCACCACUCCAUACUUGUCUGUCUAUGGAGAAGAACCACACCAGCAGCAAACUACAUUUCCCCGCCUGCGCGGGAGAUGAUAAACUCCAGUUUCCUCCCACAAAUGCUGGAGAGAAAACAGCCGCCAUGGCUCUCGCUUACAUGAUAAAGAACCAGACAGUGGCAACCGACACGGAUCCUGUAGUGUCUACCCAGAGUACUGCAACUUCUCAGCCGAGCCCAGUCACCGCUAACUACACAUGGGGAGAUGCGGGUCUCGUGACCGUUCCGCACGCUCUUGCGGGUGGCCACCAGCUUCCACCGCAGAAACCAGCAGAUCAUCAGCCAGCUGUGGGACAGGCUCCUGCUGCAGCCACUAAAGCUUUGUCCAACUUCUGCCAGGUGCGAGGAGAAGCCACGCCAGACAAUCCGCCGGAACCUCGACCCGCUGAGCCGGCUCCUGCUUGCAUGGCUGAGGACAGCGCCAUCAUCCAGUGCACUUCGGCCAUCCCCAUCGCAACGUUCCACCAAGGGCAUUUGGAAAAGCCCCGGGAGAAUGUCAGGGCUCCCCCUUUGCACUCGAGGUCCGAGUCCGUUCCAGCUCCCUCUUCGUACGGAUUUACGCCUCCAGUCCCGCCUGUGAGAACAAUAGAAAGCAAGAUAGCAGCCGCCAUGCAUUCCAACCACGUGGAUGCCCUGAAUCCUGCUGGGUACCACUCCUUCGCGGCUGCUUCCACGCUGCCAUCGCCGCCGUCGGCAGAGGACCUGCUGCCACCCCCACCGCCCCCACCCCCACCUAAACCAGCUGGCCUCCAGUCUGCCUAUUUUUCCCACUCAAAGGCUGAGGGCCCCUCUGAGCCUCCAGGGCCUGACAACUACACACCCCACAAGCUCACUUCCGCCCACCAGCAUAGAGCCGAAAGCAUCCCCCCGCCGCUCUACCACAGCAAAUCGGAGCAACAUCCAGGCUACCCUUCUUUCACGGAGGCCCCCGCUUCCACCUGCCCCAGGUAUAACGCCUACGCCACCCAUGGGAAGACCUCGUCCGUUCAUCACGCCAAGCCUCGCAGCCGGGUGGAGUACGUGUCCUCCAUGAGCCCACCCAUGAGGAGCACGAGCUACGCCGAGGAGACGCCACCUUACCCGACCAUUCGGCGGGUCCACUCCCUGCAUGUCACCGCCCCCUCCACCAUCCGGUCGGUGCCCAUCUCUCGCACGGAGGUGCCUCCUGACGAUGAGCCCCUCUAUUGCCCGAGGCCUCUCUACCAGUACAAGCCAUAUCAGCCCCAUGCCGAUUACCAUGUGACGCAGCUGCAGCCUUAUUUUGAGAACGGGAGGGUCCAUUACCGCUACAGCCCCUACUCCAGCUCCUCCUGCUACACAGCCGCGGACGGCGGGUUUUGCGACCUAGACCCUUACAGCACCAUGAGGCUGAGGCAGUUCCAUCCUCUCCCAAGCAGAGAUUUCACGUCCUACUCUAGGCUCCAGACAAAGAGUCUAUAUCGUUACCCAGGCCUGCCGCCGUAUCCUCGGGGAGGCCUCGUGGGACACGUGGCGGGCAAAGAACACAGCUUCAUCAGCAGGGAUGUGCCCCCGGCCCCUGACCUCAAGCCCAUGUUUGUCUCCUGGGAUCUGGAGGACAUGGAGAAAUACCGCAUGCAGUCCAUCCGCCGAGAGAGCCGUGCCCGCCAGAAAGUGAAAGGGCCCGUCAUGUCCCAGUAUGACAACGUGGCCCCUUUGUUACAGGACGACUUACGGACUGUGGACGUCAUUCACUUGCGCAGCAAAUCCGAUCCUGGGAAAACUGGACUCCUCACAGUUGCUGAUGGGAAAGAAGGGAGGUACGCGAGCAAGGUAGGUACUCCUGAGGGGGAUGACCACUACUAUGCGCCCCAUCCGGAACCAGAUCUAGACAGACCCCAUUACCACGGGACCUUCGGGAAUGGGCAGGCAGAGAAGCCGCCCCUCUCUCAAAAGCAAAGCAGCCUCAGGAGCAGAAAGCAGCACGAAGCAGGUUGUAAUUCCGCUGAGCACAGAACACAUCUGCCCCACGACGUGAGCCAUAAGCAGCCUCUGGAUCCUAAAAACGGGGCCCACUAUCCCGAUUACCGGCCCAAGGGCCACCAGGAGCCUCCGGAAUCCAUUGGGUAUCAGCAGCACUCGGGCGGAAAGUAUGCCCCGGGCCACCACGACACCUUGAGGCUCAAUCACAAAGAGGUGAAGCAGGCCGAGGACAGAGCCGAACCGGAGCGGCCUCGAGGCCGGCUACCCGAGAAGCACUCCCGAGACUGCUAUAAAGAGGGGGAGCACUACGGACAACCUGUGGCCCCGCCCCCAAAGCCCGAACGGAGCCACAGCCUGCGCCUCCAACACGCGGAGAGCACGGAGCGGGACGCUAGCCUUCUCUACCCGUACCAAACCCUGGGGAAACGCCAAAACGCCAUGACUGUGGUGUCCCAGUAUGAUAAUUUGGAGGAUUACCAUACCAUGCCUCAGCACCAAAGAGGAGGGGGCUACGCUGGAGGAGGGGGUUUUGUGCCUCCUUUUGCUCAUUCACACAGUAGGACUUAUGCCACGGCCUUGGGCCAGGGAGCGUUCCUGCCUUCCGAGCUCUGUCUACAGCGGCCGGAGACGGAGAUCCACGCGGAGUGAGCUCAGGGGCAGAAGGGAUAGAGUGUACGCAGCCUCUGCUGGACAGCGGACUGGUUUAUUUUUUCAGCGAUACGUAAAAUUAAAAAAAAAAA